UUUUUUUAAAAAUAAAAACAUAUUAAAAUAUUGAAAGAGUCCGGUAGAAGGUUCGUGGAUAUGGGUGUUGUGAACUGAAGUUCGAGGAAAGGAAAAGCUAAAGCCACCUCCUAUGGUUUGAGCUCACGUGGUUCUCAAGGAAGACACUCCGUCUCUUCCUUCCCUACUAUCAUUGAUCAAUUCGUGGCCGACGCUAUGACGGAUCAAGAAGUUGAACACAAUUUGAGAGGUAGGACGGACAUUAAUCUUCAAACUCUUGAAGAUAUAUUCAAGGACAUUGAUGAAGUAGAUAAGGACGUGGAGCCUACACAGGAGAGAAACAAUUCUAUCGACGCUGACGAGGAGGAAGGUGAGCUCGAGACCUCUGAAGGUCCGGGGAAAGGCGGUCAAAGAAAGCGUUCCCGCACCGGCAAGAAUGUUGCUUCCUCCUCGGCUCCUCCACCACCGGCGCACAAGUAUCUCGACGGGUCGUUCCUUUGGUUCAACGACCGCGAAGAGGCGACGUGGUUCUCGGAAAAGUUUGAGCACCGGGAAAUUCUUGUUGUAUUUAGGUGCCCUGGAGGCAAUCAAAUACCUAUGUAACUGUACAUUUUAUCAUGAAUGAAAGGCCUUGAAAUAAAUAUUUUACUAUAUAUUUAUUACUCCCAAAGUAGUAUUAUUAUAGUUUUUACUAUCCUAUAUUAAACUUGCUAGCACAAGUUUAAUCUUGGACUCCGGAGCAAGUUCGUGUGGAUACGUUGGAGGCUUCAUACGUUUGGCGCUACGUUCAUCUCCUCAAAACCAUCCCCGACCGUUCCUCCGUUCUCCGUUUUCACCGUUAAGGUAAAUUUCUUACUAUAGCUAGUAAUUUACGUAAGUUGUUCUUGGGUGGAAUCGAGUUUUGGACUAUAAAUUUUUGUUUUCCGCUGCGUUAUCCAAGCCUCGUUUCCCAACAGUGGUAUCGGAGCAGGCUUACGAAGUUACUAGUUUAGUAGUUUUUACCGUUAUUGUUUUUGUACAUUAGUCAAUAAAUUUUGGAGACAAAAAUUUAUCCCAUUAAAAUUUAAUUAGGUGGCCAUAUUUAGAUACUGGACCUAAUAUAAUUUUGUUCAGUAAUUUUCGGAAUUACUGUUUGGGGUAUUUUUAUAUUAUUCUUAUUAAGUAGUUUAUGUGUAGAAUACUUGUUAUUUGUUCCAUAAAUACUUAAUAUUUAU